AUGCACGCUGCUCCUGCACAAGCUCGCGCUAUCAUCGAUGCCUUCCACAACAAGGUAGCUGAAACCGAAAGGCAACAGCGUGAGCUGCAGAUCCAAGAGAGUGAUCAGCACUUCCACGACAUGUACAGUCCAUGCAACCCAUCAUCGACGUUCCAUGACCUACAGUGUGGCCACAGAAUCCAAACAGAGUAUACCGCAAGCUGUGGUGUGACCUGUGCGCGACCGAUGCAAGGCCAGCCGUUCGUCUGCCCGGCUUGCCUGAUCGAUGUAGUACGUGCGGAAGUAGCUCUCGACAGUCUCACUCUUGGCUCCAGUGAUGACACCGCAAUGGACAGCACCGGGCUAGUCGAAGAGGACAGGAUACAACACUUCGCCAACAAGUACGUCGCAGCAAUGCUGAAGAAGGGCUAUCGCGCAUGUAAGGCAGUGCUCAAGAUUGAUGAACCUCGCAUGCAGUUCUUCGAUCAAUUCAUGCGACAGGACGGGUUCGGAAGCGUGGAGGAUGAGCCUGCAGACGGAAUGAUUACGAAGCCACGGAAGCGUCCUGGUGCGGGUGGUGGCCGUAGACAGCCUGCCAAGCUGCAUGCAAUACAUCGAAAGAAGCCUGGGACGUGGGAUUAUCGUGAUCCGACAGGAAGCGAACCAGUUUUGGCAGAAGCUGCGCGCGAAGAUCCAGGCGAUUACAAUAACGAGGAUACGGAAGGCGGUAAGGGGAUGACAGACGAUGCUGUGGAGGUGGCGCAUUCGGGACAGUCCGCUGAUGCAUGUGUCGAUCUCGUUCCGCAGUCAGAAGCAGCCGAGGCUGUACUAAAGGCCAUGGAAGCAUUUGCUAGGCUUUCCACGUGGUGA